AUGGGUUACAAUACUCGUCCGGCGUGGAGAGACCACUACUCUUCGGCACCUGAUCUCAACAACGCGCUUAUUUGCAAGACUUUGCCUAGAGACAGGUUCGCUAUUAUUUUAUCUCAUCUGCAUUGCAAUGAUAGCUCCAAAAUGCCUUCAGGCUGCAAAGAUAAAUUAUAUAAAAUUAGACCAAUGAUUGAUGCACUCAAUAAAAAAUUUGAAAUGGUUUAUCAUGGUACUCGCGAACUGAGUGUAGAUGAGUCCAUGAUUAAAUUCAAAGGUAGGUCUGUCCUAAAACAGUAUCUACCUAUGAAGCCCAUAAAAAGGGGGUACAAACUGUGGUGUCUUGCUGACCAGAGGGGGUAUAUAAAGAAGUUUCAAAUUUACCAAGGGAAAGACGAAGAACUGAACACAAAAUUUACCGGCUAUGGAUUAGGAGAGAAAGUAGUUUUGGAGUUAACGGAACAAGAUUGGAGUAAGGGGAAGGUAGUUUACUUUGAUAAUUUUUUCACGUCUGUGGCUUUACUUGAGAAACUGAAAACUGAAAACACCUACGCAUGUGGAACUAUCCGAAGUAACAGAAAAGGACUGCCCGGAAAUAUGCUCGCUGAUUCUCAAUUGAAAAGGGGCGAUAGUGAUCAUCGAUUUUCAAAUUUAGACAUUGGAUAUUGGAAAUGGAAGGAUAAUAAAAUGGUUCAUUUAGUGUCUAAUUUUCACGGGAACGAAGAGGCAACUGUGUCACGUAAAGAAAAAAAUGGAACCAAGUCAGCCAUUACAUGCCCUAUAGCUGUCAAAGAUUACAAUAUGUAUAUGGGCGGCGUAGAUACAGCUGAUCGUUUGAGAGCCCUUUACUGUAUAGAUCGCAAAUCUCCGAAAUGGUGGCACAGAUUGUUUUGGGGUCUUCUGGACAUCGUAUUUGUCAAUGCAUUUGUCAUUCAUGGACUUAUAAUGGAACAGACUACCGUAAAAGAUUUUAGACGUUCUGUUACUCAAGGCUUGAUGACAAUGAAAGAUGCUAGUCAGAAAAGGAAGACUUCUACUGACAAUACUGCAAAAGGCGGCCCUUCCAAAAGACGCAAAUCUGACUACUCCACUAUAAAAGACGUACGCUUAGGUAACAGAGGCAUCCAUUGGCCUACGUUUGUAGAGAACAGGGGAAGGUGUGAGGUUUGUAGUUUGAAGAAGAUUCAGUCGAAACCUCAUAGUAAAUGUUCGCAUUGCAACGUGUUUUUGUGUGUAAACGAAAAGAAAAAUUGUUUUAUUGAAUACCACGAGGUUAACCUGUAA